AUGUCGGUCAUUGGUUCUUUGAUCUUCUGCACAGAUUGCGGUAACCUCUUGCGAGAGUCUACUGGCAAUGCGAAUGCGGUUCUCCACUGCGAUGUCUGCGGCACCCGGAACAAAGACACGAUACCCCAAACCACGGUUUCCGAGUCGAAGGCCUCCGCAUUCCCUUCAUCAUUGAGAGCCAAGCGAUCUGCCGUCCAGACUCUGUCGGCCGACGACCGGAAGACCGAGGCUGUCAUUGAGAAAACAUGCCCCGACUGUGCCAGAAAAGAGAUGUUCUACACCACUGUACAGCUGCGCAGUGCUGAUGAAGGAAGUACGGUCUUCUACAGAUGUGUUUGUGGUUUCAAGGAAACCUCGAACAAUUAA